AUUGUCGACAUAUCGGCAUUUGUGGGCUGCGCAGAAGGCGAGAGGCGACAGCGUGUUUCUCUUACCCGUGUCUCCUUUCAGUGACACUUCCUCACUAGGAGGUUCGUCAUUUAUAGUCGAAGCUUGGAGCACAGCUGGUACCUCAGGGUGUGUAAUGUCACAUAGGAGUUUGGAUUAUUUAAAAAAUAUAUUUUUCCAGACAGAAAAAACAAGCACAUCGUCUCAUUGUCCCCCGCCUAACUUUGGACGCUCAGUAGCGGGCUCUCUCUGGUCAGUGUCGCUUGCACUCGGAGGCUGGCUGUCUGUUUUGGAUAUGGGUGAAAUCUGCUCAAGGUGCGGGCAAUGACACAUAUAACAGGAUGAUGGACAAGGACGCUUUAAAAGGAAUCUUCUCUCUGUCAUUUGCAUGGUGUUUUCUGGUUUCAGUUUCUGGAGAGGUCAUCUCUCAAGAUGGCUACCUAAAUACUAUGCAGAGUGCAGCUCCUCUGUCCUGUUCAGAAGGCUUCACUGAGCUGGGCUACUACAACGGCUCUGUGUCUCAGACUGACUCUGGCUCGCCCUGCCUGAAGUGGACAGAGUUCCCAGACUACGUCCUGCAGUACCCAGGCCGGGGGCUGGGCGACCACAGCUACUGCCGUAACCCUGACCGCGAGUCCAACCCCUGGUGCUUCUUCCGCCAGAGCUCUGGAGCCAUCGGCUGGGCCUAUUGCGACUGCCACCAGGGAGCUGCCAGGUUGGUAGGUGGGUCCUCCCCUCAGAGCGGGCGUCUGGAGGUAUACCUAAAUGGCCAGUGGGGGGCGGUAUGUGACACACACUGGACCGACCGCGAUGCCAGUGUGAUCUGCAAACAGCUUGGACUGGGUGAGAUCGGCACGGCCCUCCAGCACUCCUACUUCGGGCCCGGCUCUGGACUCUUCCACUAUGAACGCCUUGGCUGCCGUGGCAACGAAAACACUCUGCUGGAUUGCAGGAGUCGGAAGUUUGUCACCAGCGACUGUAACCAUGGAAACGAAGCGGGGGUGGUGUGUGCUGCACCUGAAGGCAAUGGCGCCCCCUUGAGGUUGGUAGGUGGCCUGGAGGACUUCGAGGGUCGUGUGGAGGUGUACCAUGAUGGGAGGUGGGGCACCAUCUGUGAUGACCAGUGGGAUGACAUCGAUGCUGAGGUGGUCUGUCGGCAGCUGGGACUGGGGGGUGUACCGAAGGCUUGGACGUGGGCUCACUUUGGCCAGGGCUCUGGUCCCAUCCUCCUAGACGGGGUGCAGUGUACAGGCAACGAGCUCUCCCUGGAGGAGUGUCCCCACAACAACUGGCAACAACACAACUGUGACCACAUGGAGGAUGCUGGCGUGUCCUGUAACCCAUAUACAGAUGGUGUAGUACGGCUGGUGGGGUCUGACAGUCCCUGGGAAGGUCGUCUGGAGGUGUACCACUCUGGGGACUGGGGUACGGUGUGUGACGACAACUGGACUGAGCACCACGCACAAGUGGUGUGUAGACAGCUGGGCUUCAGGGGGCGUGCAGAGGUGACAUCAGAUGGGCUGUACGGAGGGGGCACAGGGCUGAUCCUGCUGGAUGAGGUGCAGUGUAAAGGCUCAGAGGCCACCCUGCUUGCCUGCGGGCACGCCGAGUGGGGUCGCCAUGAUUGCUCCCACAGCGAGGACGUAGGGGUGCGCUGUGAGAGGGGCGGAGAGACCAAUGAGGUGCCAGGGUUGCCACGCAUCGCAGGCCCUCUGUUGCGACUGGUUGCUGGAGAGAGCCGGAAGGAGGGGCGUGUGGAGGUGUUUCUGAAUGGCCAAUGGGGGAGCGUGUGUGAUGACGGCUGGAAUGAUGUCAAUGCUGCGGUGGUCUGCAGGCAGUUGGGAUUUGUUGGGGUGUCGAAGGCUCGCUCCAUGGCAUAUUUUGGAGCAGGCAAGGGCCCCAUCCACCUGGACAAUGUGAGGUGCAUGGGGGCUGAGGUGUCCCUGGGGGAGUGUCCGGCCGAGGGAGAGGACGCCCAUGACUGCAAGCACAGCGAAGAUGCAGGGGUCAUCUGUGACUACGUCCCCGAGCCGGUGGGAGAUGGCGCCAUAAUAACGCAGACCUGCGGCAUGAGGCCAAACACACAGCGCCGCAGGAGGAGGAUAAUUGGAGGGGACAAGUCAAUCAGGGGGGACUGGCCAUGGCAGGUGUCUCUGUGGCUCAAGUCCCAGUCCAAAGGGAACCAUCCACUGUGUGGAGCCACGCUCAUCAACUCCUGCUGGGUCCUGACUGCUGCACACUGCUUCAAGAGGUUUGGCGGGGACCCAUCGCGCUACGUGCUGCGACUGGGUGACUACCACACGGAGGAGAGGGAUGACUUUGAGCGCAGCCUGUCCCCGGAGCGCAUCAUCAUUCACAGGAAGUACCACAGCCAAGGCUGGGAGUAUGACAUUGCCCUGCUUAGACUGAAGGGCACCGAAGGCAACUGUGUGGCCUUUAACCCUCAUACCAACUCAGCCUGCCUCCCUGCGCCUGGCAGCAAGUGGGGGAAGAGGCCAGCCGCCUGUGUCAUCACAGGGUGGGGCAUCACAGACUCGGAAUACUCCCGUACACUGCUGCAGGCCUGGGUUCCCCUGCUGCCCUCCUGGAAGUGUAAGAAGCGAUACGGCGAGCGCUAUACCAGCCGCAUGCUGUGUGCGGGCAGCUUGUCGGACCGUCGGCGCGUGGACAGUUGCCAGGGUGACAGCGGUGGUCCCCUGGUGUGUCAGGGAGAGGGGGGCCGCUGGGUGCUGACAGGGGUCAUCUCCUGGGGUCAUGGCUGUGGUGACCCCUCCUUCCCUGGGGUGUACACGCGGGUCAGCAGGUUCCUGCGCUGGAUUGACCAAGUCACCAACAACCCUCCAAGGAUCUGAUGCCGCCACUGUGCCAUUGGACAGCUCACGUUAUCAUAUGACUUUGGGGAGGUGGGGGGAUUAAAGGCGCAGUGACCGGUUAGAGAGGGUUACCACAUCCGGGUAUCUGCUCAUGGUCUCACUCAUAAAGUUGCACAUCCAGCAGAGCGCUUUUAAGUCACUUUUUGUUUUGCAUACACUUGGAGAAGCCUGUAUGGCAUUGUGCAUUCUUGGUUGUGUGGAAAUACCACUUUGGUGAGAGCAUUUAAUGCAUCAAUGGUUCAAUUAUGAGAGCCAGACUGCAUAGGUGAAUGACAUUGCACUAGAAUGCAUGCCAUAGUAUCACACUGCGACACCUGUGAAAAGCCAAUCAAUGGUGCCAAUGGGAGUAAGUCUAGUCAGAAGCAUUAGGUGGAGUAUCAUUAAGGUACAAUAUUGUAUAUUUACAGUACAUAUGGCUUCUAAAUUAAUAAUUGUUUCAUGAACAUUCCGGUUGUGCAUGCAUUUUAACUGAUGCCUAUGCUAAUGUGCUCCACUCUUGAUUGAAACAAUUGGCCAAAUUAGUCAGCUUACAGAUCGCUGGUUUAGAUCAUAUGAGAGGCAUGAGUGGGCCUUUAUGAGGCUCUGUAUAUGUGGCAAUGAUGACAUGGCUUCUCACAAAGGCUUAAAUGAUGUCUGCCUGUUUGCCUGCCCACAUACAGUAUCCAUCUGUCAACCAAUUUCUGUUAAAAAGCUGCACUUUCCUAUCAGCAUUAUGUGAAGCCAGAGGGGGCGGGGUGAGUGUGUGUGUGCAAGCAUGUGCGUUUACAUGUAUUGUGUGCACUGUCAAUUUAUUUUUCAUACAUCAUCUCAAUUCUAUACCAUAUCUUUGAGUUUUUGUCUCAAGUUGCAGUGCAAUUCCCAAAUGAUCCAUGCAAUCUUCUCAUCAUUCUUAUAGUUUGACAAACAUGAACACAUCUUGCAUACUUACCAAGCCUACACAGUGCAGACGUAACAUGGUCACAUGCCACUCUGAUUUUGAAAUGCUCAUACUGAGUAGAUGUCUAAGCUUCAUGUGGUUAUUACUAACGCAAAAUUACAACUAUCUGGUUUUAGUACUUCAAUCCCAAUAGGAAACAAAACUAACGACCCCCUAAUACCCCCUGUACACUUGCUGGAAUGUUUGUUUACAGUUUCCACUGAACGUUCAAACCUUAUUUUGUUAUAUGGGGCUUUAAGUCACAUGACUGCAUGUUUCCGAUUGUCACUGAACAACUAUUUAUUUUGUGAUAUUUUCUUAAACAAUCUUCAGACUCUC